CUCCCGGAGAUGAAGACCCCGGCGAAGGGCAGCGCGGAGCAGCAAGGGGCGGCCGGGGGCUCUGCACGCUCGCGGUAGCACCGAGCACCGAGGAGUCCCGGUGCCCAGCGCGGUGGCAUGGACCGCCAGCUCAACAUCAGCUGCCUCGGCGGUGCGACGCCGGAUGCCAGUAAUCGGAGCGGGUCAUCCAGCGGGCUGGAGGGUGGCAGGGCACAGCUCUCCGUCUUUAGUGUUCUUGUCCUCACCCUCCUGGCCAUGCUGGUGGUGGCCACUUUCCUGUGGAACGGCUUGGUCCUGGCCACCAUCUUCCGCGUGCGCACGUUUCAUCGGGUGCCCCACAACCUGGUGGCAUCCAUGGCCAUCUCCGACGUGAUGGUGGCCGCCCUCGUCAUGCCCCUGAGCUUGGUGCACGAGUUGUCGGGGCGGAGGUGGCGGCUGGGUCGAUCUCUGUGCCAGGUGUGGAUCUCCUUCGAUGUCCUGUGCUGCACUGCCAGCAUCUGGAACGUCACUGCCAUCGCCCUCGACCGCUACUGGUCCAUCACCCGGCACCUGGAGUACACGCUGCGCACCCGGCGCCGUAUCUCCAACAUCAUGAUUGCGCUCACCUGGGUGCUCUCUGCCUUCAUCUCUCUGGCCCCGCUGCUCUUUGGCUGGGGAGAGACUUAUUCAGAGGACAGUGAGGAGUGCCAGGUAAGCCAGGAGCCUUCCUACACCAUCUUCUCCACCUUCGGGGCCUUCUACCUGCCCCUAUGUGUGGUGCUGUUUGUCUACUGGAAGAUCUACAAGGCGGCCAAGUUUCGCAUCGGAUCUCGGAAGAGCAACUCCAUCACCCCCGUCUCUCCAGAAGCCCCAGAGAUAAAGGAAGCUGCCCAGCAGCCACAGAUGGUCUUCACUGUCCGGCACGCCACAGUUACGUUCCAGACAGACGGAGACACGUGGAGAGAGCAGAAGGAGAGGAGAGCUGCCCUCAUGGUGGGCAUCCUCAUUGGAGUCUUCGUGCUCUGCUGGAUCCCCUUCUUCAUCACGGAGCUCAUCAGCCCACUCUGCUCCUGUGACAUCCCGCCCAUUUGGAAGAGUAUUUUUCUAUGGCUAGGCUAUUCCAAUUCCUUUUUUAAUCCCCUCAUUUACACUGCUUUCAACAAAAACUACAACAAUGCCUUCCGGAACCUAUUCUUUAGACAGCACUGAGCAAGACAAGUGUUCUCUGCCCCAGGAGGCUAUUCUCAGCUCUCAGUGGAACCUAACAAACUCCUGAGGAAGCUGAGAACCACAAACACUGCAGUGAUGCUAAGGAUGCGUCCCCAUGGGUACAUCCCAGCCAUGGUCCCCAUACCUAUACAGUUGCUAUUUUUCAUGAAGCAGCAUGCAAGGGUUUCUCUGGCCAACAGCAAAGAGUUCUGCCUCCAGUGCCCCACUGCUUUUCUCCUCCCUUCACAGUGAUGCUCCUGGGACAUUGAGAUGGCAGUAAUGGUGCAGUGAUGGCUUCUGGGAAAGGUUCCUCUUUGAAACUCUGCUGUGGCCCACUGCUGGUCUCCUGGAGCAUUAAUCAGCUUUGUCCCAUGUGCAAAGCUGGGAGCCUUCAGUGUCAGGGCAGUUGGUGACUAUGGAUGAAACUUGAUGUUCCUGGCUGUUUGUCAUAGCUUUGCUGGUAGAGAUUGGCAAGUGUUUGUAUUUGAGAGAUAAUCUCAUCAUUAAAGUGUUAAAAGCAGAGUCCCAAGUACAAAGCCCUUUUGCACAUCAACAACAGAUUGUGCUAUUUGCUAUUCUAUUCCAUGUAGCAGGUUUUUUUAAAAAAUAUUUAUUGUGAAAGCUUAAUGCAUGGUAUACACUGGAAUGAGAAAUAAUGCAUGGGAAAUCCACCUGUCUCGUUGCCUAACUGAUAAGCAUCUGCUUCAGACUUUUACUUUCCAAAACCCCAGGCGUUCCUGGGCUGCGAAUGUUAAACUCUGUGUCCGUGUUUGCCAUUCUAAAUCACAGAUGUAUUUUGAGCAGAUGUGGGGCAGGUUUCCUGUCGUUGCAGGGGAUACAAGGAGUGUAUUUCAGAUUUCCCAUCAAUGUGAAGCUGUGUAUUGGUAUUUAUGACUGUGAUUCAGGUUCACUUGAGUCAAAGCAAAGACCCCAUUUAAUUUCCACGGGCACUGGACUGCAGACACAAGGCAGUUAGUGAUGGGCACUGUUUCAUUCUGGAAGCAGAGCCAACCUAUAGAUGUGUUCUGCUGUGAGGCCCAGACUUAAAUAAUUCUAUUGCCCCACUACAGCUAUUCUGCCUGGUGGCUGUUGCUCUGCGGCCUCCCUGCCUUUCCUUGUUGCCCACAUUGUUGUUGACAUUUCACUCCGAGAAUUAGAAUUAUGCACUUUGUACCGUGCUGCUGAAAGACUGACAGGCCUCCAGAUAAAGAACAGCAUUAUUUUUAACCAUCACUUCUUUAGAGCAGCCACUGAAAUCAAAUUGGAACUGGAAUGACACGAUUUGGUGUCAGAUCUCCCAGGAAGAAGAGAUAAAAGGGAAAAAUGCCUAUAAAUCAUGGUAAAGUUCCCUGGUGAUGGAUAGGAUUAGUUCUUAUCCUUAGUGGAUCAUGAGACAUCAGAAGUUAAAAUUGUCACUGGUCCUUUAAACCAGUCAAAAAUCCUGUUAGAAUUGUUAAAAAAAGAAAAAAAAAAAAGCCUUUUUUCUUUUCAUAUCUUGAGACAGGUACAAAUGGAAGCAGAACUCAAGGUGCUACCAAGCCUUGCAGCCCUUGCAGGGCCAAACAUCCAUCAAGAGUGACACAGAUGCAGCUGAUCCUCCUCCAGGCAAGGGGACAGACAAGGCAAUCCUUGAGAUCUGUUUCAACACUACUUUAUAAAAGUCUGUUCAACAUAUUAGGUAAAACCUUACCCUCACUGAAGGCAGUGGACAACUCAGUGAAUUCAAGUGAAUUGGAAUUUUACCCAAUGUCUUGUCUUGUAAAACCAUAGCUUUAAUGUUAGUUAAUUCAAGAAGAUGGGCAGAAUGGGAACAACCUUCUAAUUCCCUGAAAUAGUCUUUGCUUUGCACUGAGCAAGCACCAACCUCCCCACAGCCAGUAAAAGAAUAUUUCAUUUCCUUAUUACAUGAGGUAAGGCAGUGAUCUCUCUGGUGUAUCAAAAAUUGUGAUAAACUCUUGUGCUGCUUUUCUUGUGAAGGUAUAAAAGUUACACUGCUUUCUCUGAACAGCUCAUCACCAAUGCUGAGUUGCACUUCUGGGGAACUUAAGUGCUUUUGUUGCAUGAAGGAUUGUUCAUCCAGAAAUGAGCUGGAAAAAUACUUCCUUAUCCAGCCAUAUUCAGCUGAGGUAGUGGGAGCUACACGGUCAUUUUCAGCAAAGCCUGUAAGCAGAAGAUGGGCUAUUUGCUUUGUCUGAACAACACUCCUCUGAAAUACAAUCCAUACACUUCUAAAACUAUCACAGAAUCACAGUAUCAUUUGAGUUGGAAGUGACCCUUAAAGGCCAUUUGAUCCAACUGCCUUCAGUGAACAGGGACACUACAGCUCCAUCAGGUGCUCAGAGCCCCAUCCAGCCUGACCUUGAAUGCCUCCAGGGAUGGGGCAUCCUCUGCUUCUCUGGGCAACCUGUGCCAGUGCUUCACUGCCCUUACUGUAAAAAAAAAAAACUUCCUUAUAUCCAAUCUAAAUCCCUUCUCUAUUUGUUUGAAACCAUUUCCCUUUGUCCUAUCACCACAGACCCUGCUAAAGACUCUGCCUCCUUCUUUCUUACAGCCCCCCUUUAGAUACUGACAGGCCACCCUCAGGUCUCCCCAGAGCCAUCUCCAGGCUGCACAGCCCCAGCUCUCUCAGCCUGUUAAAUGAUUAGAUGUUUGUGUCGCUGGUAUCUUCCUGCUUAUGUUGCUUUUUUAAUUGUUAGGCCAGUACGGCAACAAUUUCAGCACAGAAGCAUGGACUGUUUGGGAAGUUGGACGUUAUCCCACUGUUUUAACAAAAACCAUCAUGUUUACACCACCUCAUGUCUGGGCUGCGUCCGUCCCCAUUUUAAUUUGCUAUUGGAUGAGUAGUGCGGAUUCUUUGUCAUUCUUGCAGUGGGAUUCUUGCACAGACCAUGGAAUAAACUGCACGUUCAGCUUUGUACCCCAUGUAAGUAGACAAAACUGAGAUCAAUGGGAAAGACGCCUACCUCUGCUGCAGCUUGGUGUCUGGGAUGAAGCUCUCCUUCAUUAUAUCCUAUGUUCACUGAUGCUAUGCCCUAAGAGGUGAUGGGGAGACAGAAGAGAAUUAUAAAAUGCCACUAAAUAUUUCGAACUUGUCCAUGGUUGCAGGUAGUCCAAUGUCCUGGUGCAAACUACAUCCACAUCUAUGUGACAACCCACAUCCCAUACAGUCCUUACUAACCUUCUGCAAAGAGCAGCUUCCAGCUGGUCCUGAGUCUUGUUCCUCUGAUUCUGCAAAUAAUUAGCAGCUCCAUUACGGGCCAAUUCCUACAGCUUGAGGCUUAAGACCAUUGGCUUUUCUUCUAAAUACCAUUCCUGCAAUGUAAUGUGAUAACACAGGAAAAAUAUCAGUAUUUCAGAGACUGUGCUGAAGAUUCACAUCAAAACACGUGGCUGUGAUCAGAGCAGGUGGAGGAGCAUAAAGAAGCCUUGACUUCUGAUCCCAACUCUGAGGCUUUUCACAAAAAGCUAUUCAGAUACAUGUACUGAGCAGGCUCCCGGAGACCCAGACCAUGUUUAAAGACAUACAUAACCCCAGCUUCAAAGGAUGUGUCUUGUACCUUCUUGUUCCCAUUUAUUAAACGGAGUCAGUGGCAUGAAGAGAUCUACCUCGCUGAGGGUUUGUGAGGAUUAAUUAGUAAAUGUUUAUCAUGUACGGGGAUGUGGAACACUCUGCUUUGAAUGCCAAGCUGCAUUAAAAAUUGGGCUCCUAUUUAAUUUCUCA